AGAAUGAAGGGAGGGACUGACAGGAGUGUAAGAGGGAUUAGCCUGAAUAGACACUAUAAAUCUCCAGUGCAGAGACACACAUGAACCACAGACAGUGACCGACAGAAACCUGCUCCGCUCUCUGAGAGAACACACAUCACAACUCUGCAGUGACAACUGAUCACAGAAAAUGACACAGAAAAAGGUUGCUCCGACGGUCCAAACCGUUGAAGGAAACAUGCCUCCGAGCUACGACGAGGCCAAUGCAGGAUGCCCUGGUUACUACUAUGGUGAAGGAGCUUUUUCCUGGGAUGAUACGUUCAUUAGACGAAUUUUUAUACGAAAGGUUUAUUCCAUUCUGAUGCUGCAGCUCUUUUCAACAGUCGCAGUCAUCGCCCUCUUCACAUUCCAUGCUCCAGUGAGGAUGUACAUUCAUACACAUCCUAUUUUAUACUCCAUAUCCAAUCUUCUGUUUCUGAUCACAUAUAUCUCAUUGGCUUGCUGUGGUGAUUUGAGGAGGCAGUUUCCAUGGAAUCUUAUUCUACUUUCAAUCUUUACUCUGAGCAUGGCUUGCAUGUUGGGUUUUAUCUCCAGUUUCUACAACACCAAGUCUGUGUUGCUGUGCAUUGGCAUCACUGCAAUGGUGUGUCUGUGCGUCACCAUCUUCAGCUUUCAGAGCAAGAUUGACAUCACCUCAUACCAAGGUCUUCUCUUCAUUCUGUGUAUGGUCAUGUUUUUCUGUGCUAUUGUGAUGGGAUUGGUGGUUCCCUUUGGCUAUGUCCCCUGGUUACAUGCGGUCUAUGCCAGCGUUGGAGCUGUUGUAUUUACCAUGUUUCUAGCCUUUGAUACACAGCUGCUGAUGGGGAACAAGCAAUACGCUCUGAGUCCUGAAGAAUAUAUCUUUGCAACUCUAAGUCUCUAUCUGGAUAUUGUGUACUUGUUUACGUUCCUGCUGCAGUUGUUUGGUGAUGGUCGAGAAUGAGUCACGGUUGUGUAGUAAUAUUCUCCUUCAUGUACAAUAUUAAUGUUCCAAACUGUUCUGUAACCUCAAUGUAUGUGGCCUUUUAUGUAUUAGUAGGUUUAAAGGAAAAUCAAUGCUGUAAAAAUGUUUUCUCAGGUAAUUGUUUAUGGCAAAUGAUGUUACUCCUGUGUGUUAAUAUCAGUUUUCACUCAGCUAGUUGGUUCAGAGUUCAAAUGUUGAGUUUAUAUUAAGCUCUAUUAUUUUUAUACCAAUAAUCUGUUUAAUUAGUUAAAAUGACAAUAAUUUGAAACUCUGUCAUAUAAACAUUUAUCACAAUC